AUGGCAACAAUCCAAAUCCUAGACGGAGGCCUUGGCACCUCUCUAGGUGAUCUAUACAACAUCAAAUUCGAUUCCACAACAACCCCACUCUGGGCCUCACACCUGUUAGUGAGCGACCCAGCAACGCUGCAAGCAUGCCAACGCGACUUCGGCGUCGCCGGAGUAGACGUCCUCCUAACAGCAACUUACCAAGUUUCCGCUGAGGGAUUUGCCCGGACCAAAACCCCUCAAUUCCCAGACGGGAUCCCACGCAGCGCAGUAGGGCCCUUCCUACAGAAAGCCGUGGACAUCGCCGAGCAAGCGAAAGUGCGCGAGAGCGCAAGCGUUGCGCUCAGCCUUGGCCCUUACGGUGCGUGUAUGAUCCCAGGCCAGGAGUACAGCGGUGCAUACGACGCCGAGCACGACUCUGAGGAGUCAUUGUAUUUGUGGCACCUGGAUCGGUUGCGCAUGUUUGCUGAGGCGGAUGGGAAGCUUGUGUCGCGAGUUCGGUAUGUUGCGUUUGAGACGCUGCCGCGACUUGACGAGGUUCAUGCUGUGAGGAGGGCGAUUCGGGAUUCUGCAUUCGAUGUGCCGUUUUGGAUUGCUUGUGUCUUCCCGCGCGAUGAUGAUUUCUUGCCUGAUGGGAGCUCCGUGGAGGAGGUUGUGCGGGCUGCUCUUGCGCCUUUGGAGGGUGGGGCUGUUCCCUGGGGAAUUGGGGCUAAUUGUACUAAGAUGCAUAAGCUUGGUGGGCUUGUUGAUUUGUUUGGUCGCGCUGUUGCAGAGGGUAUUGCUAAGGAGGAGAUAUCUGCUGUGCCGAGCUUGGUUUUGUAUCCUGAUGGGACGAAUGGGGAGGUGUACAAUACUACGACGCAGAUCUGGGAGAAAAAUGAUGCUUUGAGUGAUAAUGUGAGUGAUAACUCUUGGGAGGAACAGUUGGCCCAGGUGGUCAAUGAAGCCUACGAAAAGGGCCAUUUCAAGUCAUUCCUUGUGGGCGGGUGCUGCAAAGCUUCACACCACGAUAUUAAGAAACUUGGACAGCAGUUCAAGAUUCAAUAG